UUGCUAUGUUUCACAAACCGAAGACUAACUUCGAGCCAGUCAAUUUUGAUGGCCAAAAGUCGAAUGGGGGAAAGUGUUGGGAAGGACACUUCGCACGCUUGAGCAAACCGUCGCACGGAGACCCGUGCAAGUAGCAUCACUCGAAAGGCGAUACCAUUCACUGGGCGGCAGCGGUGACUGAUUGUGCGCGGGCAUUUGGUGUGGUUAGUAGAGGUGGCUUCACAUUUUCGAUAUUGCCUCACAAGCGCACCGGUUUCCGCAAGAAUUGUACGGUGCGUGUGCAUUUUACAAAGUCCAACGCGUACAGCACAGCAAAGAUUGUCUUUGCAAGGGCCCCGGACGACGAAUGAGUGGCAAGAAGGAAACUGGUUCGAUUGUUGGGCAGUGGUAACACUAAGAAAAGAAGCAAAAGAGAGAUCGCGAUCCCACUAGCCGUGCAACAAAACCGUGAUCGUGUCAAGUGCAGUGGUAAACAGUAAAUUUGCGUUGCGAACGACUCAUGAUCAAUCUUAGCGGAGGUGUGCGAUCUUGCUGUGUGUGUGGUUGCGUGUUACUUAGAGAUGAUAAUUGUGUUCUGCUGAUCGGAUUUAGUACCAAGAACUGUUUGUUUGGACACAGGUGUAAAACAGGCGCGAAUUCACACUCCUGAGAUGGCAUCCCGAUCACUAUUGGUACUGCAGUUGCUACUGAUCGUGCCCCUUCACCUUGCCGGGGCACAAUAUUUCAGCCAACAGCUUAAAGGCGUAAUACAAUGGAAGGCAGCAGAUUUUGCAUUCCCGACACCGCAAGAACGUGAUGAGGCACUGGCAUCGGGACGAUAUGUUCCGGAAAAUUGUAUACCGCUCGACAUGGAUGUGGAUUAUUCCAAUCCAGCCCGGUCUCGUUUGUUUGUUACCAUUCCAAGGUUUGUUGAGGGUAUCCCAUACACACUAGGUCGUGUUAGUCGUGCUCAGGGACCUUCCGGCCCAUUGAUAGAACCGUACCCGAACGCAGCUAUACAGGCAAGACCUGAGAACAACAAUUGUCAAGGAAUUGUGUCCGUUUUUCGCAUCAAGAUUGAUGAAUGUAAUCGAAUGUGGGUGCUCGAUACUGGUAAGAUCGGAGAAAAACGCAUCUGUCUGCCACAGUUGCUGGUGUUUGACAUGAAAACCGACAAAAUCAUUCAUCGCUAUCAAAUUCCCGCCGAUCAGCUCGUGUGUGAGUUGUCCCUGUUGGUAAACUUGCUCGUAGAUGUCCAGGAUCCGGCACCGCUUGGAUCGUGCAAAAGUACAAAAGUAUACAUGGCGGAUGUCACUGCACCGGCGAUGAUCGUGUACGAUAUGGCAAGAAGCAAAUCGUGGCGCAUUACGAACAAACAAAUGCAUCCCAAUCCCGACCAUGGUACCUUCACUAUCUCUAACGAGAGCUUCGAUCUUAUGGACGGGAUCGUGGCAAUGGCAUUGUCUCCGCGUAUACCAUCGGAUAAUGUGGUAUUUUCGUCAAACUACGGUACUAACUGGCGCCCAUCCAACGAUCGAUUGAUGUAUUUCCAUGCACUGGCAUCAGUGACGGAGAAUGCGGUUCGAACUUCUGUGUUGCAUAACGACACAGCCUGGGAGGAAGACGUUGAAGCACUGCCACGAUCCUUCCGGCCAAUCGGAGUACGUCCAUCGCAGGCAGUAGCGGAGGCCAUGGACAGCAAUGGGAAUCUGUUCUUUGGAUUGCUUGGACAAAAUGCAAUUGCGUGCUGGGAUUCGACGACACCGUACAACCCGUCGAACAUGCGCAUCAUUUCACAAAACAGUGAAACGUUGCAGUUUCCCAGCGGUGUGAAGAUCAUCCGCAACCGCAAAGGAGCCGAAGAGCUUUGGGUGUUAACCUGCCGUUUUCAGAAGGUUAUGACGGGAUCUUUGAACACCAACGAGACCAAUUUCAGAAUACAAGCCAUACAGAUUCCGGAAUUGCUAGGAUAUAAAAGCUCAUGUAGAGUGUGAAAUCUUGGAAUGGGUUAGCAAGAUGGAAGAGAAAGUUUGAAAAUAAAUCGUUACCAUUAAGAUACAGUAAA